AUGACUCAAUUUUCAACAAACUCAAUCCACGGAGGCGACCACCUCAAGACCCACCUGGAUGUGAUUACACCAAUCCACAUCACUACAACAUACAGCUACUCUAGCAACCCCGACGAGCUCGUGCCGGGAGGACUAACCGACCCCAAAACGCUCAUUUAUUCGCGAGAAAACCACCCCAACGCAGCGCAAAUCGAAGCGAUAGUCGAGUCGUUGGUCGGAUACCCCACCGUUGUCUACAACUCGGGCCUAUCUGCCUUCAACGCCUUGAUGACGCACGUCAACCCCAAGACUUUAGCCAUUGGCGACGGGUACCAUGGGUGUCAAGGCAUAGCAGAUAUAUGGAAGCGUAAUUUUGGCUUGAAGCAAAUCCACAUUCUAAGCGAUGAUGAGAAAGAGUGGCAAGGUGUUAAGGAGGGCGAUUUGGUGCAUUUAGAAACGCCGUUGAACCCCUAUGGUACAUACUACGAUAUCACGGAAUUUGCCCAAAAGGCGCAUGCCAGAGGCGCCGUGUUGAGCGUGGAUGCCACGUUUGCACCGCCGCCAUUACUCGACCCUUUCCAAUUUGGCGCUGAUAUCGUGAUGCAUUCAGCUACAAAGUUCUUUGGCGGUCAUUCUGAUUUGUUAGCUGGUUUGUUAAUCGUCAAGACGCCCGAAAUCAAGAACAAGUUAUUGUUGGAUCGGUUGGUCUUGGGUUCCAAUAUUGCCAAUUUGGAAAGCGCGUUGCUUGUGCGUAGCUUACGGACUUUUGAAUUGCGCGUGGCUAGACAAGCGAAAUCUGCUGCUACUAUAGUUGCCUUUCUUUCUCGGCACCAAGAUGCGUUUCCCGUGUUGGAACGCAUCCAUCAUGGAUCACUCCAAGAUGACGAGUUUAUCAAGGCCCAAUACCCCAACGGCCACACUCCGGUUUUCUCAAUCGAACUCACGAGCGCCGACAAAGCUAAGCUGCUUCCUUCGAAAUUGAGAUUAUUCCAUCAUGCCACGAGUUUAGGGGGCGCGGAAAGCUUGAUUGAAUGGAGAGCCAUGAGUGAUGAUCACAUCAGCAAGAAAUUGUUGAGGAUAAGUGUUGGAUUGGAGGACCCGAGAGAUUUACUUGAAGACUUGGUCACGGGGUUGAGCCAAAACAGUGACAUUGCCGAUUUGACGCUGGAGAUUCACAAAUUGAGCGUUUAG